CGGAGAGGCCGGAGUGUCCCUCUGUCUGGCGGAACAGUAAUCCUCGAGGAUGCAGUAUGAUGCUAUGCUGCAUGUUAGUGAGUGUCUGAUAUCUGCAUCUCUGUCUCGAGCAAACAUAAAUUCUGCCUGUCCUCCUCGAUCGUGCCAUUCAUCAUCAUCAUCAAACAAGAACAAUCCUCACUUUAAGAUUAUCUCCUCUUCACCGAGCCUCAGUGCCAGCUUCUUCCAAUCCCCAUAUCAAGUCAAAGAUGCCUUCCCUUAACAAGUCUAUCCUGAUCUUGGCCGCCAUCACUCAGGCCGCAUUUGUCCUCGCAGCUCCCAUUCCUCAGCUGGCCGGUGAAGGCAACGCUUGCAGCUCUAUCUUGAGCAGUAUCGACAACGGUAUCGGGUAUGGCGUCGAGAACGCUGAGGACAACACGGCAGCUCUGAUCAAGAGCGGCAAGGUCGGCAGACGCCAACUCGCAGGCGAGGGCAACGCUUGCUCUUCCAUCUUGAGCAGCACCGACAAUGGCGUUGGCUAUGGCGUCAAGAACGCCGAAGACAACACUGCAGCUCUCAUCAGCAGCUCCACAAAGCCCAAGCGUCAAGCCGACAAGAUUGCCAACGGAGCCGCCAACAUUCUUUCCGCUCUUGGUCAGAACGACCUUGCGCAAAUCGAGAAGAGUAACGGUGACACCAUUGAUGGGCAACUCACCGAUGACGCUUCCAAUGCUGGUGCUCAGAUUGGUGCUUAUGAGGAAAAGACUCUUGAGGGUAUUGGCAAGACCAUUCCCAGAGUCAAGCGUCAGGGUGAUAAGAUUGCCAAUGGAGCUGCUGAUUUGAUCUCGGCUAUGGGUCAGGAUUUCCUGGCUCAGAUCGAGAAGAGCAAUGGCGAUACCCUUGAUGGUCAAGCUCACUGAUGAUGCGACCAAUGCUGGCGCCCAAGUCGGCGCAUUCGAGGAGUCUACACUUGAGAACCUUGGAAAGAUGAUCCCCAAGUGAGAAGUUAGAACGAAAUGAUGAUGACCUGUAUGAUAUGAACGAUUAAAAGCGAGGUGUUGGUGAUGUUCAAAGUGUCCGGCAGGCGUUACUUGUUCUUAUAUUUGGUUUGAGCUAGGC